GAAUUUGGGUCCUAGAUGUGGCGGCGGCAUGGGCGGGGCCUCUUCGUCCUCCGUGUGCCCCUGGUGCCCGCGAGUGGGUGUCUCCUGAGGAUCUGCAGCCUUGUCAUCCAGCAAGUCACAGUUCUCUCCACCCAGCUUUGUGGCCUGUGGGUUUGUGAGGUGCCCCCCAUGGACCAAAGUCCGUAUUUGUUCAUCCAGAUGCUGCUUUAAUUAGCAGUAGUAAAAGUCAGUUUGCAAGCACUGGAAGAUUUUUGUAAAGGAACUUUAUUCAGCAUGGACUCUCUACCAGAAGACUUUGUUGUGAGGGAUCCUGCUGUGGAGGAGCAGCCUGAAGAGGAAACUGAGAAUAAAGUAGAAAAACCAACCAUUCAACUGGACAAACAGAAAAAGGACAUACCUACUGAUCUUGUCCCUGUUAACCUACUAUUAGAGGUGAAGAAAUUAUUAAAUGCAAUUAAUACUCUACCAAAAGGUGUGGUUCCUCACAUUAAGAAGUUCUUACAAGCAGAUUUUUCCUUCCAGACAAUGCAGAGAGAAGUUGCAGCCAAUAGCCAGAAUGGGGAGGAAAUCGUUCCUGCUUUAACUUUACGUUUUUUGAUAACACAACUGGAAACAGCUCUUAGGAAUAUUCAAGCUACUAACUAUACUGCAUACCAAAUUGAUAUUGGUUAUUACUUGACAUUACUGUUUUUGUAUGGAGUAGCACUCACGGAAAGAGGGAAGAAAGAACAGGAUUAUGCAGAAGCUGAGAAUAAAUUCCUGGUGAUGAAGAUGGUGAUCCAAGAAAAUGAAAUCUGUGAAAACUUCAUGUCUUUAGUCUAUUUUGGACGUGGUUUACUUCGAUGCGCUCAGAAGAGAUAUAAUGGAGGAUUGCUAGAAUUUCAUAAAAGCUUACAAGAAAUAGGAGAUAUAAAUGAUCCUUGGUUUGACAUAGAUCCUAUAGAAGAUGAAGAUUUACCAACAGCUUUUAAAGAUCUCCUCAAUAAUUUUAUCAAGACAACUGAAAGUAAUAUAAUGAAACAGACCAUUUGUAGUUAUCUAGAUUGUGAGCGAUCUUGUGAAGCUGACAUUUUAAAGAACACGAAUUAUAAGGGUUUUUUUCAGUUAAUGUGCAGUAAAAGUUGCUGUGUUUAUUUCCACAAAAUGUGCUGGAAAAAAUUCAAGAAUUUAAAAUAUCCAGGUGAAAAUGAUCAGAGUUUUAGUGGGAAAAAGUGUCUGAAGGAAGGAUGCACAGGUGACAUGGUAAGGAUGCUGCAGUGUGAUGUACCUGGAAUUGUUAAAAUUCUGUUUGAAGUUGUGAGAAAGGAUGAAUAUAUAACCAUUGAAAACUUAGGAGCAAGUUAUAAGAAGUUGAUGUCUCUGAAAAUAGCUGAUACUGAUAUAAGACCGAAGAUCGGUUUAAAAUUUAAUACAAAAGAUGAAAUGCCUAUCUUCAAACUUGAUUAUAAUUAUUUCUAUCAUCUGCUUCAUAUAAUUAUUAUUUCUGGUACUGAUAUUGUCCGGCAAAUAUUUGAUGAGGCUAUGCCACCCCCUCUUUUGAAAAAAGAGCUUCUCAUCCACAAGAAUGUACUGGAAUCCUACUACAACCAUCUUUGGACCAAUCACCCUUUGGGUGGAUCAUGGCAUCUGCUUUAUCCCCCAAACAAGGAAUUACCACAGUCCAAACAGUUUGACUUAUGCCUCCUAUUAGCUCUCAUAAAACAUUUGAAUGUAUUCCCUGCACCCAGAAAAGGCUGGAAUAUAGAACCUCCAUCUUCUGACCUCUCUAAGUCUGCAGACAUUUUGAGACUGUGCAAAUACAGGGAUAUCCUCCUUAGUGAAAUUUUGAUGAAUGGUCUCACAGAGUUACAAUUCAAUUCAAUUUGGAAAAAAGUUUCAGAUAUUCUUCUGCGUCUUGGGAUGAAGCAAGAAGAUAUUGACAAAGUGAAGGAGAAUCCCAUUGAGAAUAUUUCCCUUGAUUACCAUCAGCUAUCCGUCUACCUAGGCAUACCAGUACCAGAAAUCAUCCAAAGGAUGCUAUCCUGCUAUCAACAAGGAAUUGCUCUACAGUCAAUAACAGGCAGUCAAUGUAUUGAAAUAGAAGAGUUACAGAAUGAGGAAGAAGACCUAAGUCCACCCCUUAUGGAAUACAAUAUAAAUGUGAAGUCAAACUCUGAAAUAGAGUUAGCAGAAAUGAAUAAAGAUGGAGCCUCCAUACCCAGUGAAUCUUCAACAGAAUCUGUUAAAGAUCUUCAAGAAGCAAAAAGUAAAUCAAAGAAAAAGAAAAAAAUGAAGAAUAAAAAGAGUAAGGACUCAAAAGAAGAAAAGGUUUCAUAUAUGAGGGAAAAAGAAGAGCAAUUGAAGAGAGAACAAACAAAUGCACACUCAGUGGGUAAAUUUAUGAAGCAUGAUGCAAGUGAUGUUCAAGAAGAUUCUGCAACUGAAGACAAGUUCUACAGCCUGGACGAACUGCAUAUUCUGGACAUGAUAGAGCAGGGCUCAGCUGGUAAGGUCACAGCGGGCUACGGAGAAACUGAAAAGGACAGGCUUACUUGUCAGCAGCAGCUUUAUAAACUGCACCUUCAGUGUGAGGAUUUCAAAAAGCAGCUGAAAACAGUGACAUUUCGGUGGCAAGAAAAUCAAAUGCAAAUUAAAAAGAAAGAAAAAAUAAUCGCCUCUCUUAACCAACAAGUGGCUUUUGGAGUCAAUAAAGUUUCCAAAUUACAACGUCAAGUCCAUGCUAAAGAUAAUGAAAUCAAGAACCUUAAAGAACAGCUUUCCAUGAAAAGAUCUCAGUGGGAGAUGGAGAAGCAUAAUCUGGAAAGCACAAUUAAAACCUCCUUAAAUAAGCUGAAUGCAGAAACCAGCAGAGCCUUAACAGCUGAGGUGUAUUUCUUACAGUGUCGUAGAGAUUUUGCAUUGCUUCAUCUAGAGCAGACUGAAAAAGAGUGUCUCAGUCAGCUUGCUAGGGUGACUCACAUGGCAGCAAGCAACCUAGAGUCACUUCAGUUAAAGGCUGCGGUAGACAGUUGGAAUGCUAUUGUGGCGGAUGUUAGAAACAAGAUUGCAUUCCUCAGGGCACAGUACAAUGAACAGAUUAACAAGGUGAAGCAAGGAUUUCCCUUGAGUAGCUUGCCCCCUGUCCAGCUUCCUCCACCCCCGCCCAGUCCUGAGAUACUGAUGCAGCAGUACUUGGGAAGACCAAUUGUGAAAGACUCUUUCUUUAGACCCAUACUUACAGUUCCUCAGAUGCCUGCAAUUUGCCCAGCAGUCAUCUCUGCAACUGCCCACCCUCGACCUCCCCUGAUGACCGGCAUAGCCUGGACUCUGCCAACUCCUGUGGGAGAGAUGGUCCCUCCCAGUGCAGGUCUGGGAACUGAUCUUUCCAUGAUGAAUUGGGAGAGGAUUACAGACAAGCUAAAAACUGCUUUUCCACAGCAGACCAGAAAGGAGCUUACAGAUUUCUUACGAAAAUUGAAGGAGGCUCAUGGGAAGUCUUUAUCUGGACUGACAUGUGAUGAAAUUAUUUACAAGAUUUCCCAAUUUAUUGAUCCCAAGAAAUCUCAGAGUCAAGGAAAAUCCGUGCCAAAUGGUAAUUGUGCUUCACCUAGCGGUUCUUCAUCCCAGCCCAAUGCUCCCCAGUCCCCCAAAUCAGCCUGGAGGCCCCUCAGUUCUCAAGGUUCUGCCACAUGGGAAGGAGCCAGUAACGUGGACGAAGAGGAAGAAGAGCCUUGUGUGAUCUGUCACGAGAAUCUGUCUCCAGAAAACCUCUCAGUGUUACCUUGUGCUCACAAAUUCCACUCUCAGUGCAUUAGGCCAUGGUUGAUGCAACAAGGGACAUGUCCAACCUGUAGGCUCCAUGUUCUGCUACCAGAAGAAUUCCCUGGUGCCACCAGCCAGCAGUCGCCCAAGGUCUGACACAAAGUGGGUGACUCUGCAAAGGAAGCUCAGUUUGAGACUCCAGAAUGUCCUUUUGUAUUUUCCUGUGAGCUGGUUGUGUGAGCAGUGUGAAGCAGGGUGCUCUUCAGUGAUGUGGUGAAGAAGCGACCUCAGCGCGUCAGAGUGGCAGCCAGAGAAGUCAAGGCAGAUCUUCAAUACUGUGAAUUAAACUGAAGGGGCUUGAGAAGGUGGAAUUUUAAUAAUUACAGCAUAUUUGCUCUUAUUGGGCUUGUUCUUCUGUAGACAUAACUACUAAUAGAUUUCUUAUGGUUUUUCCUUCUUUUUCCUCCUUAUUCUACUCGUCUUUUUCUUCCUCUCAAGUUUACUACAUUUUAGUUUUUUGGAAGAAAUUUAGAAGAGAAACUGAACUAGUAGAGAAGUGGGAAAAUUGCACAGGUUUUAAUGUUCCUUUCAUCUUGUAAAACUAGUCCUUAAAAUACAGUUAAAUUACUUAAAUUGUAUUUCAUCUUCUCUAUUCUUUUCUGUCCUCUAAGAUAUGUACCCAUACAGAGAUUAUGAGUUACUUGGUGGUAGAGACCACCCAGCAUUAUGUCAGAGCUGGCUUGUAGUAAUGGCUCAUGAGGGAUGAUCGGUUAAGGAAAUUUGCAGGCCAGUUAUCAAAUUAUUGGUAGCUUGAAAUCUGCCAUAGUAGGAGUAUUUAUACCAUAUAAAUUAGUAAAAGCUAUAAGGUUUAUCUUUCCCUCAAAAGCUAGUUCUUAAACAUCUUCCACCAUCCUAUAAGACAUUUACGUUCCCAAUAUCUUGCACAGUAGGUGCAGAAUACAUAUUCCUAGAAUCAGAAAUCAGGAGGCAGUGACAUGAGAGAUGCUUAAUAUGUAAAUUAAGUUAUUUGCUGAGGUAAAUAAUUGAAAUUUUAUGUUCAUUUGUAAACAUGUUCUUCAGGCCUUAAUGUGCAUUUUGGGGAGAUUUUUUUUUUUUCUGCUGAAAGUUUCUAAUUUCACUUUCUUUUUCUGGAAAAGGAAAAACUGUAUGUAGUUGCUUCUUCCAACAGAGUUCGUACAAACUAGGCUGAGUUGUGUAUAUAAAGCUUGUCACUGAGAACUUCUAAUUUUUAGAGGUCAAAAGAUUAUUUUGAAAACAGUAUUGUAUAAAUGCUGUUCGUAUUAAAGUAGUUCCGAGUUACUUAGUGAAAAAAUGUUUCUUGGCUCAUAUUCACUCUCUCAAUUUCAUUAAUUUAUGAAAACAAUAAAUAUUUUCUGACUUGGCAAAUGUUUUACUUGUAUAUUUCAGUGUAAAUGUAUUUUGAAGUUACGUUGUAUCUGUAUUUAAAACUUCUGUUUCUGUAAUUAAUUACUAAAGGUUUUUUCCUAAAAUAAGCUGGAUAAUAUGAAGGAAAAUAUCUAAAAAGAUGAUAGUUACCUAGUAUGUAAAAUGCCAAGAAUGUAUCUCAAUUCCAGACCUCAGAAUUUACAGGAUCUUUAGCAUGAUCACUGUGUCUAGCACAUGAAGGUCAUAGUCAGUAGCAGGUUACUUUAUAAAACUUAGUUUUUGUUUACAACCUCUUAGUUCAUCUUUGCAACAGCAGUUUCAUUCUCAUGUGGAAACAAUAAAUGUUUCUUAAUUCAGUGA